AUGGAUCGUCCUCAAUCACCAGAUUCUGCUCUACAAGUAGACAGGCACAGCGUCUUUUCAAGUUCACACUCUAAAUCCCCUUCUGAUGUCGAGUCUGCGAAAAACAAAGCAAUUCUGACCGCGCAGACAAACGAAUUCGGCUAUGUCCAGGAAAUGCCCAAGCACCGCUCACUAGCGAGUAUUUUGUUUCUUGCGGUGGCUAUUGCUGCUAUACCUUAUGGUCUCUCGACAACAAUCCUCUAUCCACUCACAAACGGCGGCUCGAGUGCUGUCAUCUGGGGCUGGGUGAUGAUGGCGGUGAUAACGCAGUGCGUUGCUGUCAGUCUGGCUGAGAUAUGCUCUCGCUAUCCAGUGGCUGGUGGGGCAUACUAUUGGUCGUACAUGCUCAGUCCGCCGCGCUACGCGAAGCUCAACUCGUACAUCUGCGGAUGGGUGUAUCUAGUCGGCAACUGGACGGUCACCCUCGCCGUCAACUUCGGUACCACGCAGCUCUUCCUCGGCGGGCUCAACCUGCUCUAUCCUGACUUUGUAGCCAACCAAUGGCAGACGGUGCUGACAUUCUGGGCAUUGUCUAUAGUGACGACAGUGAUAAGCUGCGUUCCUGGCAAGUAUCUCAAGUAUCUCGACCACUUCUGUCUCGUGUGGACAGUCGCAGGGCUGCUCGCUAUCCUCGUCGGGCUCUCUGUGAGAGCUGGCGCAGGGCGCAGGAGUGCGCGCUGGGUGUUCGGCGCUUUCGAUAAUGCAGAAAGCGGCUGGCCUAGUGGAUGGUCCUUCUUUAUUGGACUGCUUAUGGGCAGCUAUACACUCAGCUCAACAGCCAUGAUUAGCUCUAUGUGCGAGGAGGUCCUCGAUGCAGACACGGUUGUCCCUCGCGCUAUAAUGGCCAAUAUCCCACUCUCUUUUGGCACCGGACUUAUCUUUCUCCUCCCGCUCCUCUUCACGAUGCCCGCUGUGGAUGCUGUCCUCGAGGGCACGAGCGGCCAGCCUGUCGUCGAAUGCUUCCGCUAUGUGAUGGGAUACGAGGGCGGGGCAUUUGGGCUAUUUUUUAUCGUCUUCUUGAUUGGUAUCUUUUCAGGUAUAGGUUGCACUACAGCGGCAAGUCGCCUCACUUGGGCAUUCGCCCGCGACAAUGCUAUACCGUUCAGCGGGCUGAUUAAGCAGGUCAACCCAACACUCGAACUCCCCUUUAACGCUAUCCUCCUGUCUACAGCCGUGCAGAUGGUGCUUGGGUGUGUUUAUUUCGGUUCGACAGCCGCAUUUAAUGCGUUUUCCUCGGUCAGCGUUAUCUGUCUGGGUUGCUCCAAUCUCGUCCCAAUCACGAUAUCAUUCUGUGAAGGUCGACAUGCUAUCAGCGAUGCAAAAUUUAACGCGGGUAAGUUAGGCGGAGUGUGUAACGUCGUCAGUAUCGCUUGGUUCGCUUUCGCUAUUCCCCUCUUCUGCUUCCCGACCACAGCUCCACCGACUAAGGAAAGUAUGAACUACGCCUCUGUCGUCUUUGUUGGGUUCCUCGCCAUUAGCGCUGCUUACUAUCUUGCUUACGGGAGGAAGAAGUUUGAUGGCCCGCCGACGACCCACUUUAAGGAGUAG